AAAAUUCCUUCAAACCAACUUCUCUACUCUUCAUCUCUCUUUCAUCUUAGCGAAUUCUAACUCAAUCUUUAUAUUCGAUUAAUGGAAAUGGGAAGACCCAGCUGCAACCUGGAGCUCAGCCUCCACUCGCCGGCGACUUCCGGCGACGACGACCACAGCCGGCGGGAGGAGCCGCAGCCGCAGCCGCUUACGAUUUUCUACAACGGGAGGUACAGCGUCUGCGACGUGACGGAGAUGCAGGCCAGGGCGAUUAUAAUGCUGGCCGGCGGCAGUCAGGAGGCGGCGGAUGACAAAUCGGCGACGAGUCCCGGGGACGAGCAGCGGCGGCGGCGGCCGGCUUCACCGGCGAUGUCGGAAACCCCGCCUCCGGCGGUGGGGUUGUCGAUGAAGAGGUCGUUGCAGAGGUUCCUGCAGAAGCGGAAGGGGCGAGCGCAGGCCGCCACUGUGGCGCCUUACUCACGCGCCGCCGCCGCGUUUGAGAAGAAGGAGCUUCGGUUUCAGAUCGACGGCUUCCAGAUCGUUGCUCCCUAACUGAAAAGACUCGUUGUUUUUCUAUUUUAGUUUUUUUUUUGUUCUUUGGAAUUGUGAGUUUUUUAUUUGGGCUACCAAUUACAACGAUAUUAUUAUUAGUACUGUUUCGUAUACGAUUGGCUUUUUUUGGGUUGGUUGGUUUAUUUUUUUUCCCGGCGAGAGCUUGGGGACGGCAGAGAAAUAAACAACUAGUGGGCGGUGGCUAAUAUUCAUUUGAGAAGAGACGAGAUGAGGGGUUUUCAUUUCUGUGAAGGGGUUAAUUUAGAGUUAUAAUAAUGGGGUUGUAUAGCUAGGGAUAGUGGUAUAAUCAAUUAUUCAGUUUGUU